UGCGUCCGUAAACACGCCCGGAGCCUGUCAUGGGGCGGGUGGAGGAGGAGGUGUCCAAGCUGGGAGGUGCCUGGGGCAGCCUCCAGGGUCCGCUCUACCAUUCCUGAACUGGUCCGGGUCCCCGUGACCGUAGCUUCAGGGAACUGUUAGGCGAAGGAGGAGGCAGUCAGAGCCAUAGCCCCUUCUUCCCCGGGGCGGGGGCCGGGCCUGGCCCGCUGAGGAGGGGGAGGGCGGGGAGGGCGCCGGGCCGGGCCAGCCUGUCUACGGAGAUGGAUGACAGCAAGGUGGUUGGAGGCAAAGUGAAGAAGCCUGGUAAACGAGGGCGGAAGCCAGCCAAAAUUGACUUAAAAGCGAAACUUGAGCGGAGCCGGCAGAGUGCGAGGGAAUGCCGGGCCAGGAAAAAGCUGAGAUACCAGUACCUGGAGGAGUUGGUGUCCAGUCGGGAAAGAGCUAUCUGUGCGCUGCGAGAGGAACUGGAAAUGUACAAGCAAUGGUGCAUGGCAAUGGACCAAGGGAAAAUCCCUUCCGAAAUAAGGGCCCUACUCACUGGAGAGGAGCAGAGCAAGUCCCAGCAGAGCUCCAGCAGGCAUCCCAAAGCUGGGAAGACAGACGCUAACACCACUUCCUGGUGAAGAUCAUACAAAAUCCAAUCGGUGAUCAAAGCCAGUGUUCUAAUGUCUAUGGAGGACAGAUGGGCAGGACUUCGCUUCUUGGCUCCAUUUACCGCUUACUGCUCAGUAGGCAUCUCUGUAAACCUGAAGUUUCUACCAAAAUGUGUGAUCAUACAUCAUGAAGGUCCUUGCGCAAUACUUAGAUUUGCCAAUAUUCAGACCUGCUCUGUAGUGCUGUCCUUGCGGUUAACAAGUUACGAUGCCUGAAACCACAGGAAUAGAGGAAAGUGGAUGAAAGCGCAUGUUUGCACCUUAGCCCCUAUGGGUUUUUUGGUUAAUUUAUAAUUUCCCUAUGUAAUUCAUGGAUCUGUUUGUAUGUGUGUUUAGUUGUCACUUCUUUUCAUGUUUCUAAUCACCCUAGAAAAAGAUACCAAAUAGGCUGUGUGUUCCCUGUGCUUCUCAGCCUUCGUGGACCCAAUAUUACUCCUUUCUAUUUACUUGGGUGAUGUUUGAU